AUGAAAAUAAGUUACAUUUUUUCAUUUUUUCUUUUUUUUAUAAUUUAUAAAAAUACCACCAAUGUUGUACAGUGUGGAGGUUAUAGUGACUUAGCAGCAACGAGUGCUUUAACAACCAUAGUAAAGGAUCCAAUUAGUUUAACCAUCAAAGAUUUGUAUGAACAUGGUGUAAAGGAUCCAUUUACCAAACUUAUUCAUAAAAUCAAAAAAGUUGUGCGUUAUAGAAAAGUUUUGAGAUGGUCAAGAAUGUGGUGGAUAUUACUAGUACGAGAAAUUGUUGGAGAUAAUGCGAUUGAAAAGAAAACUGAAAAGGCCUUGAGAGAAAUCUGGGAUCAAUGUACCAUAGCAGUAUAUAACAACACUCUGUAUGCAAUUGAAUCAAAGCCUCUAUUAUUUUUGCACGGUAUUUUGAGUGAAUGUAAGAAUAACUUUUCGACAAAACUAAGACAAGAUCCAGGUUUAAUUGUAGCAAAAAUAGAUCAAAUAUUAAAGUCACAAAUAUAUCGUUUCUGGGUAUCAGAACCAUAUUUAAAGAUUGGUAAAUCGGGUAUGUUCUACACAAGAAUUAAUGAUAAAAAUGUUCCUCCUCUUCCCAAAGAAUGUACCUUAAAACACUUAUCAUCAUACAUGGAAGAGAAAUUAAAAUCCAUGGAAUCUAAGAAAAAUAUCGAAUCAGGCAAGUACGAAUUUGAUGUAGAAUCUACGAAAAAUUCAACAGAAGGUGGGCCAACAGAUGAUGAAGAUGACGAUGAAAAUGAAGAGGAAGAAGAUUCUUUUGAAGAAUCAUCUUUUGAAGAUAAAAAUAGCGAUGAUAAAAAAGAUAAAUAA